CCGAAGUUCCUCUCCGCUUUCGCUGACGCGUAUGCGUGAGGUGCGCUGAUGCAUCUGUACCUGUGCGAUUUCUCUGCUUUCGGGUCUCGCCCCGAGCCUUCACCGUUAUUUCGCGCCUUGGCGAUUUUGUGCACACGCUGCAGACACCUAGCGCACUCUUGCUUGGCGUGAACUCUAAUGGCAAAUUUUACCGGUUGUGUACAGUGCAACGAAAGCAGAAGCUUUCCCGUCUUUACAUAGAGAUCGUCCGUGUCGAGGCGCGCUACGUGAGUGUGCACAAUGGUGUUCCUGCUCGUCUGUUUCUUCAUCCUGUGCCUCCCAUUGGCGCUUCCGUUGCUGUGGCUGCGAAUAAGGACAGUCAAAAGCACCAGCCGCCAAAGAUUUGGAGAAGCAACACAAACUUGGGGCUUCUUUCACCCCUACGCCAAUGCUUGCGGAGGUGGAGAGAAAGUACUCUGGUCUGCGGUUCGAGCGAUCCAAGAAAAAUACCCAAGCCAUCAGUGCAUUGUGUAUACAGGUGACCACGGUGUUUCCGGGGACCAGAUAAUAGAAAAUGCCGAAAAGCGUUUCAAUGUCAAGCUCAGCAAGUCUGCUGUUCACUUUGUGUUCCUACGCAGUCGUUCACUAGUUGAAGCACGACUGUAUCCAGUGUUUACUAUAUUGGGCCAAAGCCUUGGAUCAAUGAUGCUAGGUCUAGAAGCCAUUCUCAGCUUUGUUCCUACCAUUUUCAUUGACAGCACUGGCUAUGCAUUCACAAUGCCCAUAUUCAAGUUCCUUGGUGGUUGCAAGGUGAUGUGCUAUACACAUUAUCCAACUAUCAGCACUGAUAUGUUGAGCUCAGUUGAAAGGAGAGUACAGGCUCACAACAACAGGGGACUCAUCUCCAGGAGUGCGGUCCUUACGCCCAUCAAGCUGCUGUACUACCGCAUAUUUGCCAAGCUGUAUGCGUACUGUGGCUGGUGUGCGGACCUUGUGAUGGUGAAUUCCACCUGGACAAAAGGACACAUCCUCGAGCUGUGGCAGUUGCCAACACGAACUGUUUUGGUGUAUCCCCCGUGCAGUGUUGGGGACUUCAAGGCAUUGCCAAUAAUGGACAAAGACAGUGCGUCGAGUGCCGAAUUCAGAGUGCUUUCCUUGUCACAGUUUCGUCCAGAGAAGGAUCAUGAGCUGCAGUUGAAAGUGCUGUUUGAGCUCAAGGAGCAAUUACCUGACUCGGAGUUUUCGAGAAUUAGGUUCGUCAUGAUAGGUGGCUGCAGGAACCAAGAAGAUGAGCAACGAGUUGCCAGGCUCAAGCAUCUCGCCACAGAGAUGGGUGUUGCAGACUAUGUGGAGUUCAAGCUGAAUGCUCCCUUUGCGGACUUGAUGUCUGAAAUGAAGAGAGCUUCUGCAGCCAUUCACACCAUGUGGAAUGAGCACUUUGGAAUUUGUGUAGUUGAAUGCAUGGCUGCAGGCCUUCUCAUGGUGGCCCACAAUUCUGGAGGGCCCAAAAUGGACAUUGUGACCGAUUACGACAACAAGCGCACUGGAUUUCUGGCAGACAGCGUUUCCAGCUACGCCGCUGCCUUCAGGACUAUUCUGGAAAUGGCACCUGAUGAGAGAAGGCAGACUAGAGAAACCGCAAGACUUUCGUCCGAAAGGUUUUCUGAUGAGGUCUUUGUCAAGGUUUUUCUGUCUGCUGUAGAACCUCUGGCUUCAAAUAUGAAUUAAUGAUGCUGUGCAUCAGCAGUUAGUAUGUUUGAUGUGAGCAUUCUUUGGUGAAUAAAUACCUUAUUUUGCAAGG